UGAGAACAGACACGCGUCUUUGCGGGACGUCUUCUGUGUUGCGGGAACAUUUGCAGCAGCCUGGCGCACAUCCCUCACCUGCCUCAGCUCCUCUCCUCCGACUCUGAGCUGCUGCACACAUCCUGUCAGAGAGGGAGAGGCGAAGGAGGAAGAGAGCCAACAGAAGCGACCUGGGAGUCAAGUUUAGCCAACUUUUACGCACAGAGACUUUCCCAUCUUUUCCCAUCUAUAGCGAGCUUUUUCUUUUGCGCACGAUGAUGGUAUUUGCUGCGAAAGUGAGGAAACGCUUAUCAUGAAGCUCGUUUCGGCUGAGGUGAAAAUGCGCCUGAGGAGAAGUUACGUGUUGGUUCCGUACGGAGUUUAUCGGCACCUUAAUUAAAAGUUUGAAAAGUUAUAGCCUUUGCCGCGGCGUCAUCGGAGGCGUUUGGCUGCGGGACGUCAAUCCAGUGCCAAGUUGUUGAACGGGGGGGGAACAAGUUUUCCUCGUGAAGCUUUGGAUGAACUGAAAUUAAGAAGAAGUUCAUCUGGAUUCCGUGAUGUUCAUGUGAAAGUUUCCCCGCUCCGAAUUGAUUUCGUUCGGAAGAGGGGAGACUUUAAUGGAUUUUUUAUGUGGGACCCGCUAGGAUGGACGUGGUAGAUGAAACAGAAGCGUUACAGAGAUUUUUUGAAGGUCAUGAUAUUACCAGCUCUCUGGAGCCAGCCAACAUCGACACCAGUAUCCUGGAAGAGUACAUCAGCAAGGAGGACGAUAGCACUGACAUCUGUUUCUCAGAGGUCCACAGCGCCCCAAAUUACUCAUCUCCCCAGGCAGGAGUAUCCUCCGCUGGGGGGUUGGUGUGUGGUGUGAGUCCCCCUAUUCCACUGCGCCAAGGAGCCCCUCUACCUGGGCCCCCUAACUGUCAGAACGCCUACCCCCCAGGUCCAUCCCUGGGCCUCCGACACAGCUACUCCUGCCUGGGUCAGCAGCAGCAACACCAGCAGCAGCAGCAGCAGCAGCAACAGCAGGCUCACAUCAAGCCUGAGCACAGGGGCCACUACGCUCCGGGGACACUACCUGAGUCCCCCCCAGACUCCAGCUCAGAGCCGUACUCUCCUCAGCAGGUGAAUGAUCCUCACAUGAUCAGGACCAUGACACCAGAGAACAUGUGUCACAUGACUCCGACGCCACCCCUCCCGCCACACGGGCACUAUCCCAGCAUGCAUCGGGACAUGUACCUGAAGCCUGAGCCCAUGAUAUCACAGUAUCCUAUUGGUCCGGCCACAAGCGGAAGUGGAGACAUGCAGCAGACGCAGAUGCUCCAUCAGCUGCUGCAGCAUCCUCAAGGACAGGAAUUUGUUUCCAUAUCCUCACACAGCGGCAUCCCCGUUCACCAGGCCAAGAAGAGGAAGCACUCCGACUCACCCAACAGCACCCUCAAUUCCCAAAUCCUCACAGGUAUCAUCAAACAAGAACCAGGUUUAAUGCAGGAUGCGGACAAUGCCUACCUGGACCCAAACUAUCAGUGCAUCAAGUGGCAACCUCACCAGCAGAACAAGUGGACACCACUGUAUGACGCCAACUGCAAAGAGCUUCCAAUGCCAACCUACCGGGUUGACGCUGACAAGGGCUUCAACUUCUCCUUGGCUGAUGACGCUUUCGUUUGCCAAAAGAAGAACCACUUUCAGGUCACGGUGUACAUCGGCAUGCUGGGAGAUCCCAAGUACAUCAAGACGAGCGAAGGCCUGCAGCCCAUCGACUGCUUCUAUCUCAAACUUAAUGGAGUAAAGGUGGAGGCCAUGAAUCAGUCUAUCAGCGUGGAGCAGUCACAGUCUGACCGCAGCAAGAGACCCUUUAAGCCAGUACUGGUCACCCUGCCCUCAGAGCAGGUCACAAAGGUCACGGUGGGGCGGCUCCACUUCAGCGAGACCACAGCAAAUAACAUGAGGAAGAAAGGCAAACCGAACCCUGACCAGAGGUAUUUCAUGCUGGUGGUGGCGCUGCACGCUCAGUCCCACAGUCAGAGCUACACUGUGGCUGCUCAGGCGUCUGAGAGGAUCAUCGUCAGGGUAACGUCUGGCCAUGCAUCCAACCCAGGCCAGUUUGAAAGUGACAACGAGGUGCUGUGGCAGCGAGGUCAGCUGCCAGACUCAGUCUACCACCACGGGAGGGUCGGCAUAAACACCGACCGUCCGGACGAGGCCCUCGUUGUCCACGGCAACGUGAAGGUCAUGGGCUCCCUGGUACACCCGUCUGACAUCAGGGCAAAAGAAAAUGUCCAGGAGGUCGACACCACAGACAAUUUGAAACGGAUCUCUCAGAUGAGGCUGGUCCAUUAUCAGUACAAGCCUGAGUUUGCUGCCACCGUGGGCAUAGAGACCACUGCAGAGACCGGAGUGAUCGCUCAAGAGGUUCAGCAGAUCUUGCCUGAAGCGGUGAAGGAGGGGGGCGACGUGGUGUGCGCCAACGGAGAAACUAUCCCCAACCUGUUGGUUGUCAACAAGGAACGUAUCUUCAUGGAGAACGUGGGAGCGGUGAAGGAGCUGUGUAAGCUGACGGACAACCUGGAGACUCGUAUAGACGAGCUGGAGCGCUGGAGCCGCAAACUGGCCAAGCUGCGUCGUCUUGACAGCAUGAAGAGCACCGUGAGUGGAGGCACAGUCAGCCAAUCAGGGAGUUACUUCAGCAGAACAGGAAGUGGCCCCCUCAAGAAGAAGCCAGUCAAACCCGGGAGCAAGAGUCCGGUCCCAGAUCCAGGCUGCAUCAGCCAGAGGUUCAUGCAGGGAACCAUCCUCGCCCUGGUCGUUGUCAUGGCCUUCAGCGUCAUUUCUAUGUCCGUCCUUUAUGUGCUGACCCUUCACCACAGAGGAGACAUCACAGAGAAAGACGGCCACAUUCCUUCCUGUGUUCUCUACAUCUCUUGGAUGCCCAUCUUCACUGCCACUGUAACUUUCUGUCCACCUGUCUGCCCGUGGUCCAGAGCUGCGCUGGGAUCCUCGCGCAAGAGUGCAUUCACUCCACCGUCCACCACACCUGCACCAGCUUGCUGUUCUACCACCACCAUAAACAACCAAUCAGCUACAGUGUUGACACUGAGUAACAACCAAUCCACAGCAGAUUUAGGCAGCCUGGUUCCCACAUCGAGCACUAUUAUUAAGAAGGCCAAGUCCAGAAUAAUUGACAAGGACAGCCGCGGAAGAAACCGUCUGAGUCACACCUCAGCACCUUUGUACUUUGCCAAGUCUAAAAGGCCAGCGCCUACAGACCCGGAUGGAGUGGGAACCGCCAACCGUCUGCCCGGGGGUCAGCAGACGGUGUCACGCAGACAGCGCAGCCUACACACAAAGGGAGGAAGGUCAGCUCCCUCUCUGACGAGUCUACAUAUCGUAGAGACAAACCAGGAGAUCACAGCACAGAGUUGCGCAACACCCGAGAGCUGCAGUUACACAGUAUCACUCCACGGAAAGAGAAAUUCCUCCAUGUCACAAAUCACUUUGCACAUGACGUCCACGAACAGCGUGUGGGUACGACAGUGUGGAGCCACCAAGGGACGUUUAUGCCCCAACCACACAGAGACUGAGUUUUAUGGUGAACAGAGUACAUCAACAAAGGGGACUCAUCACCUGUGGUCAGUGCCUGUGUUGUCUUUCCAGGACAUCACCUUUCACUUCCGUGUCUCCCUCUCUAGUGAAGUGAGCUGUGCCACUGAAGGAGAAACCUCAUCGUACUCUGACUACCACUUUCUCAUUCAAAGCAGCUGCGUGUGAGAUGGGAGACGGUGCACUCCAGUGCCUUCACCAUACGCCGCUUUUUUUUCCUUCGUGGUUCCAUUUGUACGCUGUUGUGAUGGGAUCGGGUUUGUCUCAUUAUUGUACAUUAUUUUUAAAGAUAUUCAUACAGAACAAACUAUAUUCCACUGCCCCCUUCUGUAUUCUCCUCCAUAUGUAUAUGCAUUAAGACAUCCCUUGUUGCUGUGAUCACUGGAAUUUGAAACACUGUUUAAGUCCAUUUUUUUUUGUCUAUCACUGAAAAUGUUUUAGAUCACUGUAAUUGACAAGUGAGUUGUGUCACUGCGAUCUGUGUAAGUAACAUCCAUACGUUUAUAGCUUGCUUUAUUACUGAUCUCUAUGUCACCCAUACUUAUUAUAAGCCAUAAUUACUUUGUAGCAGAAUUCAAGCCCAGGCUGAGAUACUGUAGAUGACAUUACACUCGUUUUGUUUUUGUUUUGUUUUUUAAUACAAUGAAUCUGUAUGUACACUGAAACCAGUAUCAACUGAAAGCAAAACCACUUCUCAGUAGUUUUAUACACUGGAGAGAAGAUCAUUGGCUUCUGCUGCUGAAGGCCUCAGUGAAUGGUUGCAGCUCGCACUGGAAAUAUACCUCAGUAGUGCACACUGGCAAGUCCUGGGUCUCUACAGUGGAGCAUUGUGUUUGAGGCCGCUGCAGUCGACUACGCUGUCUGCUGUCUGUCUCCUCAUGCAGCAUCUGACUAAACACUGUACAGAGCAGAUGAAUACGCUGCAGGAUUCUUGGCUCAAUUGUAGUCUCCAAGUUUCCAAGUCCACAAAACAUUUUCAGAGCUUUACAGUAUGACAGCAUUACAGCAUAUCCCUAAAUAGCUGAAGUACAUGGUGACUUGUGUUGAAUGUAAAGAAAAAAUAACUGACAAUAACAUAAAAUGGCUUCGCACAAUUUGUAAUCCAAGUCUUGAAAAGACAUUAUUUACACUCUCGAUUAAUUUUCCUGCUCUCCCAACCACUGCAGAAGGAGUGCCUGCAAAUUUUGGAUCUCGGGGCUUCUGGGGAGUUGGACUAUUGUGGACAAGCUGUAUGGAUCCAAUGUGUUUUUGUUUUUAUGUUUUUUUCUAAGUUCUAAAACAAGUCCUCAUUUACAUAAAUUAUUAGUGGAAUACUGUUUUGCUGUGAAACUCACAAAAUGUGUUGUGGACUACAUCGGGUGGGAGUGAGAAGAUAAUGACUACAUUUUCAAUUUUGCAGGAACUUAUUGUCACCUUACAUUUUAAGAGUCAUGCUUCUUUCAGCAGAUUUGCUGGAUGGCAUGCAAUAAGACUGGAUAAGUAAACAAAUCACUGGAAACAAACAUGUCGAAACACUGACGGCUCUUUGCAUCUGAUAGUGGUGCCCACACUGACAAUAUUUCAAGAAACACUGGAAUAGCUUACACUGUAUUUUGCUAACUGGACAGAAUGCUGGUGAAGCAAAAAGCAGCACAUAUCAUGUCGGGUGCAUCCCCAAUCAUUUCUCCAAAAUGAUACAUCUCAGCUUGGAUGCAAUUUAAAUGCUGAUUCAGCUUGGACAUUCCAUUUAAUGGUUGAUCAUGAACCUGAGAAGGAGUUGUAUUUCUUAAUUCUAGAGACAAAAAAAAUGGAUAUUAUACACUGGAGUCUUUCAUGUAUUUCUCUGGAUGUUUUUAAUUACUUUUCCUGUGCCUAUACAAUUAAAGAUAUGCAGUGAUAACACUUUUUAAUAUAACUGAACUGUAUAACGUUUCCUAUUAUCCUUUCCUGUUUUAAAAGGCAUUAUCAUGUUUCUCUCACCAUCUUGCUUCUGUUGAAAUGUGUUUCUAAAUCCAUAUUCCAUAUGUGUCUGUGUCCAGAAAGAAUAAAACACAAUAGUGUAUCUCAAAUGUAAAAUCAAUAUUAAAUAGGAAAAACAGCCAUCAGACAAAAAUGUAUGGAAUUUUUCAUGAUAUGAAGACACUGUACAAUACUUUCCGUAUAAGUGUAUGACUUCAGUGAGUAUAGUGGACUACUUUAGCUUAUUUAUAAUGCACCAGCUAGCAUAAUGAAACCACUGUAGCACUUUUUGCACUGUAUAUAUAAACUGCCUUUACUCUAUCCAGUGCACCAGACUGUUUUCAUGCUCUGGUGGAACUGCAUUGCAUGUAACUGUAUAGCUUCAUUUUGUUACUACCAAUGCUCCUUUUUAUCCGAUGUGUUUGGUCCUUUAUUUUUUUGUUUUUUUAUAGUUGAAAUUGUUGGUUGUUGUUUUAUCAGUAAUAUAUUAACUUUUUUUUUUAGCUAAUGGAGCCCAGACAUGAUUGAUAAGGAUUGAAAACACACACAAAAAACACAUACAUUUCUGAUCAGCCUAAAGCACAAUUUGUUAAGAGGAAAAAUGACAUAACACUGAAACUCUUUAAGGGUUUUAAUAUCACUACUUUAUCCUUUUAGCCCAUUUUAUCAUUACAUUUUCAAAGUGUUUCCUCAAAAAAGCUGUAAUACUAUGAAUGCAUGUGGUAAAUAAAUUUGUGAUUGAAUUUUACUGUUGUGUCUGAUUGUACAACUGCUUUAUAGGCCGAGGCUAAAACGUCCAUUCUGUCCAAUAGGUGGCAGCCACACAUUUAUGAACUGUCCUUAAGAUAGCUAUGAAAAUUACCGCCCUGAGUUUAUCCUCACGGGUAGCGGAUUU